AUGUGGCUCCUGGCGCUGUGUCUGGUGGGGCUGGCGGGGGCUCAACGGGGGGGAGGGGGUCCUGGCAGCGCCGCCCCGGUGGGCCCGAGCCUGGGCCUUGGCAGCCUCGGGGAGGAGCGCUUCCCAGUGGUGAACACUGCCUACGGGAGAGUGCGCGGUGUGCGGCGCGAGCUCAACAACGAGAUCCUGGGCCCCGUCGUGCAGUUCUUGGGCGUGCCCUACGCCACUCCGCCCCUGGGCGCCCGCCGCUUCCAGCCGCCUGAGGCCCCCGCCUCGUGGCCCGGCGUGCGCAACGCCACCACCCUGCCGCCCGCCUGCCCGCAGAACCUGCACGGGGCGCUGCCCGCAAUCAUGCUGCCUGUGUGGUUCACUGACAACUUGGAGGCGGCCGCCACCUACGUGCAGAACCAGAGCGAGGACUGCCUGUACCUCAACCUCUACGUGCCCACUGAGGACGGUCCGCUCACAAAAAAACGUGACGAGGCGACGCUCAAUCCGCCAGACACAGAUAUCCGGGACUCAGGGAAGAAGCCUGUGAUGCUGUUCCUGCAUGGCGGCUCCUACAUGGAGGGCACUGGGAACAUGUUUGAUGGCUCCGUCCUGGCCGCCUAUGGCAACGUCAUCGUAGCCACGCUCAACUACAGGCUUGGGGUGCUCGGUUUUCUCAGCACUGGGGACCAGGCAGCAAAAGGCAACUAUGGGCUGCUGGACCAGAUCCAGGCGCUGCGCUGGCUCAGUGAAAACAUUGCCCACUUUGGGGGUGACCCUGAGCGCAUCACCAUCUUUGGGUCCGGGGCGGGAGCCUCCUGUGUCAACCUUCUGAUCCUCUCCCACCAUUCGGAAGGACUGUUCCAGAAGGCCAUCGCCCAGAGUGGCACCGCCAUCUCCAGCUGGUCCGUCAACUACCAGCCGCUCAAGUACACGCGGCUGCUGGCGGCCAAGGUGGGCUGUGACCGCGAGGACAGUGCCGAAGCUGUGGAGUGUCUGCGCCGGAAGCCUUCCCGAGAACUAGUGGACCAGGAUGUGCAGCCUGCCCGCUACCACAUUGCCUUCGGGCCUGUGGUGGAUGGUGACGUUGUCCCAGAUGACCCCGAGAUCCUCAUGCAGCAGGGAGAAUUCCUCAACUACGACAUGCUCAUCGGUGUCAACCAGGGCGAGGGCCUCAAGUUCGUGGAGGACUCUGCAGAGAGCGAGGACGGCGUGUCGGCCAGCGCCUUCGACUUCACCGUCUCCAACUUUGUGGACAACCUGUAUGGCUACCCUGAGGGCAAGGAUGUGCUGCGAGAGACCAUCAAGUUCAUGUACACAGAUUGGGCCGACCGGGACAAUGGCGAGAUGCGGCGGAAGACCCUGCUGGCUCUCUUUACGGACCAUCAGUGGGUGGCACCAGCGGUGGCCACCGCCAAGCUGCACGCUGACUACCAGUCCCCUGUCUACUUUUACACCUUUUACCACCACUGCCAGGCUGAGGGGCGGCCCGAGUGGGCAGACGCAGCACACGGGGACGAACUGCCCUAUGUCUUUGGUGUGCCCAUGGUGGGCGCCACUGACCUCUUCCCCUGCAACUUCUCCAAGAAUGAUGUCAUGCUCAGCGCUGUGGUCAUGACCUACUGGACCAACUUCGCCAAGACUGGCGACCCCAACCAGCCAGUGCCCCAGGACACCAAGUUCAUCCACACCAAGCCCAACCGCUUUGAGGAGGUGGUAUGGAGCAAGUUCAACAGCAAGGAGAAGCAGUACCUGCACAUUGGCUUGAAGCCACGUGUGCGUGACAACUACCGCGCCAAUAAGGUAGCCUUCUGGCUGGAGCUGGUGCCCCACUUGCACAACCUGCACACGGAGCUUUUCACCACCACCACGCGUCUGCCUCCCUAUGCCACUCGCUGGCCGCCUCGCCCACCCCCCGGCGCCCCAGGCACCCGCCGGCCUCCACCACCCGCCACCCUGCCACCUGAGCCCGAGCCUGAGCCAGGCCCCAGGGCCUACGACCGCUUCCCUGGGGACUCACGGGACUACUCCACGGAGCUCAGCGUCACCGUGGCUGUGGGUGCCUCCCUCCUCUUCCUCAACAUCCUCGCCUUCGCUGCCCUAUACUAUAAGCGGGACCGGCGGCAGGAGCUGCGGUGCAGGCGGCUCAGCCCACCUGGUGGCUCAGGCUCUGGCGUCCCUGGGGGGGGCCCCCUGCUCCCCACUGCCGGCCGUGAGCUGCCACCAGAGGAGGAGCUGGUGUCAUUGCAGCUGAAGCGGGGUGGUGGCGUCGGGGCAGACCCUGCUGAGGCCCUGCGCCCGGCCUGUCCACCCGACUAUACCCUGGCCCUGCGCCGGGCACCGGACGAUGUGCCUCUCUUGGCCCCCGGGGCCCUGACCCUGCUGCCCAGUGGGCUGGGGCCACCCCCACCUCCUCCGCCCCCCUCCCUUCACCCUUUUGGGCCCUUCCCCCCACCUCCCCCCACCGCUACCAGCCACAACAACACUUUACCCCACCCUCACUCCACCACUCGGGUAUAGGGGGCAGCUUGGGGAGGCCGUCCUCCCCAGCCCUCCCUGGCCCAGGUGGGAAGUGCCACUCCAAAGGUAGGGAGGAGGACAUGGCCACAGCUUUUCUUGUGUGGAGUCGUCACAUGUGGCACAGCAUUAAGAUGGACGUGGGUUUUCUCACUGGGAUGUGUGUUUUUCUCAUGCAGAGAAGCCCGUCUCUUCUCUGGACCUGGGCCUUUGGACAAUUGGGGGGUGUUUUUCCCCUCCAUUGGGACACCAGUCUUGGGUGUGUGGAAACGUGGAAGUAUUUUCCCACGUGGAGGUGUGCUUUCUCAUGAGGGGGUGUGUUUUCCCAUGUGCAAGGGUGAGGUUUUUUUUGCCGCCCUAGACACAUGUUGGCCCCCUCAAAGAAUUUCUGCAGGGGUUUGUACCCCAGAAUCCUGUUCCCUCAUGCCUUCUCCCACCUCUUUCCCCUCCCCACCCCCUGGAGACCCUGGAAAUGGUGUGUUCACAGGUGCAGUGACCCUUGGCCACCAGACAACACAGGGUGGUGCUGGGAAGCAGCGAGGAAAUCACAGGCACCCUCCCCUCACCCCUGCCACCAGGGAAGCAUUUCUGUCCCCUGUGGCACAAGCCACACAGAGCACAUUCUCCCGGGGGGAGGGCCCUAGACUUCCACGGACCAUGAUGACGGAUAUAGAUUUCCUGCCGGGGGAGAGGAGCAGACCCAUGUCUCCCUGUGCUGCCUGGGAACUUGCUUUCCCGGGGAUCCAGGGCACAUUUCUCUUGAUGGACACAUGUUCUUGCAUGUGGAUGAGUGUUUUCCCAUGCAGACUGCUCUUUUCUCCCCAGAACUUCCCUGUACCCCCCACCCCAGGCCUCAGGCCCAGCCCUCAGUUCCUCCCUACACAGCAGGCAGGAACAGAUCAACUACAGAAACUGAGGGGGAUGUACAAGUCCAGAGGGGAAGGCCCUGCCCUUUACUCCCCCAGAGGUGCUGAGUUUGGGGGGAGGCACAUGCCACCCAUAGAGGCCAUGCAUGUUUGACCAAAGCUCUCAUCCAGUGUCAGAACAGCCUUUUCCUUCAGUCCUGAGACCAUUGCUCAUCUGUGCCAAACUGGGGAGGUGGGUUUGAGGGGGGAAGACCCUUCCCCCCAUGUGCCAAGGAUUCCCCAGUCCUGGUCGGGGACUGGGGAAAUGGUGGGGGCAGCUGAAAGAGUCCAGCCUAUGUCUCUCUUGUCGCAUGUCCCUCUCUCUCUGCCUCAGUUCCCCAUUUUCCAUCUCUGUUUCCCUCUUUGGGUCUGUUCCCAUCUCAGACCAGCCUUCUCCUCCCAGGUGGCCUCCUCCCGUCUUUCCUCAUCCGCCAGGGCCCCAGGAAAGGAGCAGUGGAGGGGAGAGCUGGGGAGAAAGAUUUCAUGGGACAGGUUGAGGAGAGAAUGAGGUCAGCUGUGCUGAGGAACAGAUGGAAGGGGCAGGGGGGACGGCGGCGCUUGGGCAGAUGAGGGGGCCUGAGGAGGAAGGGCUUGAGCCCUGGGGUAAAGAACAAUGUCAGGAAGAGGAGAGAAUCCUUGUUUGCCGGUAUUUGUGGGACAUCGUUACCAAACUUGAGUAGGGGGUGGGUGCUGUCUUCCUCCGACACCCAAAUCCAGAAUCCUUGGUCUUGACUCCCCAGAAUUUUGCCUCCUGACUGUCUCUGCCCCUCCCACCUUCACCCAUGGAAAGUUAGUUCUUUUCUGACCCCUUCCCCUGCCUGGUCCAGCUCCUCCCCAAACAGUCAUGCCCUCCAAAUGCUGGGGACCGGGGCCCUGAACCCUGUAGACAGAUGCCCUCAGAAUUGGAGCAUGGGAGGGGGGCUGGGGGACCCCAUGAUUCAGCCACGGACUCCAAUGCCCAGCCCCUCUCCCCAGAACAAUUCCCUGGCGGCCCCAUAUCCCCCACCCCAACCCUUCGCGGCUCUGUACACAUUUUUAAACCUGGCAAAAGAUGAAGAGAAUAUUGUAAAUAUAAAAGUUUAACUGUU